CAACACUACUAUAUAACAAAUAAUUUGAGCUGUAGCAAUGGCCGAUAAUCUAGCAGCGAACUUGGCCAAGUUCAAUGUCAAGGACGACAGGAUUGUCUCAUUCGAGGGGCAGGGCCUCAAACUAGACAAUGCACAGCUUGCUGAAGAUAUAGUGAGAGCAAUAGAGACAUGUGCCAGUAUGGAGAUCCUGAAUCUAGCUGGUAACACUCUCGGUGUUGAAGCCGCACAAGAGAUAGCUAAUGCUUUACAAAGCAGACCUACAUUCAAGUUUGCCCUGUGGAAGGACAUGUUCACAGGUAGACUCCGCUCAGAGAUCCCCGCAGUCCUGCGCUCCCUCUCGAGCGCCAUGAUAAUAGCUAACACACAGCUAGUAGAGCUGGAUCUGUCUGAUAACGCGUUCGGUCCUGACGGUGCGGAAGCGAUCAGAGGGUUGUUGACUAGCCCUGUAGCGUACACUAUACAAACGCUGAAGUUCCAGAAUAACGGACUGGGUGGUGGUGGCGUGAUAAUAGCGGAUUGUCUGACAGCAAACCAUGCUCGAGCAAAGAAAGCGGGUAAAUCACUUGAUCUGAGAACGUUUAUCGCUGGUCGAAACAGACUUGAGAAUCCUGGUGCUAAAGCGCUGGGAGCCGCUUUCUCGUUGCUAGGUACAUUGGAACAGAUUGAAGUUAUCCAGAACGGUAUACAGUAUGAGGGUAUUGCAGCUCUAGCAGACUGUAUCAAACACAGCCCAAAUCUUAAGAUUCUCAAUCUAAACGACAAUAUUAUGACGCCUAGAGGAGCUAUUGCCAUCGCUGAGGCCCUUCCCUCAGCAACGAUGCUGGAGGUUCUAAACAUUGGUGAUUGUCUUGUGAAGAGUAAAGGAGCUCUUGCAGUUGCUGAAAAUAUAAAGGGUCUCACUAAAUUGAAGGAACUGAUACUCAGCUACAACGAAAUACAGUCAGAUGGUGGCGAAGCUAUCGCCAAAGCCUGCGCAAAACUAGGGGCUCUUACAACAUUAGAUCUUGAUGGGAACCACUUUGGAGAUGACGGCAAGACGAAAGUUUCCGACGCUUUAGGAGUCGCUAAACUUUCUCUGCUGAAGCCAGGUCUCGAUAACGAUGAAGGAAUACCCUCUGACGAUGAAGGAGAAGCAGAGGAAGGAGAGAAAGAAGAAGAGAAGGAAGAAAAACAAGACUCUCCAGAAAAAGCCAAAGCAGCUCCUGCUCCGUUUGUAUUCGGAGCCCCUGCACCAAAAUUAGUUGGACCUGACGAUCCGAACAAAACAUUUGGAUUCGGGGCUCCGGCCGGGGCUGACUUCUCGUUUGGAAACGUGGGUGGAACUAAUAUCUUCGCUAAAAAGGACGAAGCUGAUCACUCGUUCAAGGGGGUUGGUACAGCGCUCUUCUCAGCCCCUGGAACCGAUGGCAAUCCUGAAGGGGAACAGGAUGUACACUUUGAGGCACUUGUUCAUCUGGAGAAAGUAGAGGUGAAGACAGGAGAUGAGGAUGAUGAAGAACUGUACAAACAUCGGGCCAAGCUGUUCAGGUUUGACAAGGACGUUGGAGCAUGGAAAGAGCGUGGUGUUGGAGACAUCAGGGUACUCCAAAACAAGUUCACUAAGAAAUCCCGGCUUCUCAUGAGACGAGACAUCAUCCUAAAGAUCUGCUGCAACCACCUCAUCACCAAACAAACAGAGAUGAAACCCAAUGCUGGCAGCAACAAAUCCCUCGUGUGGUUCACCAGUUCAGAUUAUUCGGAAGGAGAACCAAAACCUGAGCAGCUGGCAGUCAGAUUCAAAACCCCUGCCAUCUGCGCAGAGUUUCUGGAAGCAUUCACCAAAGCGAAAGAGGAGUCCCCCGAGCCGGGUUCCACUCCCACAAAGAAACCAGAACCUGCAGCCGCACCAAAACCUGCUGCACCGAAACCCGCCGAACCUGCAACACCUGCACCCUUCUCCUUUGCCUCACUGGCCGCUAAUGCUGAGAAAGCUGCAUUUGCCGCCAAAACCUCUCCCCAAAAGACUCCAGUGAAAGUGGGUGACGGUGACGCGUACAGAGAGGAGGCAUAUGAGCCAGACGUGCAGUUCGACCCCAUUGUGAAGUUGGAUAAGGUGGAGACUAACACAGGAACGGAGAACGAGGAGACCAAGUUCACGCACCGCUGUAAACUGUACAGGUUUGACAAAGAUGUUGGCGCCUGGAAGGAGAGGGGUCUGGGUGACAUAUCAGUAUUGUGGAACAAGAAAGAGGGAAAAGGCAGGGUUCUUAUGAGACGAGAGCAGAUCCUAAAGUUGUGUUGCAAUCACCUGAUUACUCCGGAGAUGGAAAUGAAACCUCACCAAGGUAACGACAAGUUUUGGGUGUGGCACACGUUUGCUGACUUCACGGAGGGAGAACCGAGAUUUGAGCAGCUCGCAGCAAGGUUCAAAACGGCUGAGGCGGCCGCUCAGUUCAAGGCUGCUUUUGAGGACUGUCAGAAUAACCUCGGAAAGGUGGAUUUGUCAGAAGACCCAGAAGCUAAACAAGCGGAAGAAGCUAUCGAGAAAGUGAACCUCUCAGAGCCCGCUGCCGCCCCAGCUAAGGCUGGAGGCAUGGCGGCAUUUCUCUCAAAACAGAAGGAUAACUGGACCUGCAACACGUGUGAUCUGUCCAAUGAGCAGAGUGCUAACAAGUGUAUAGCUUGUCAGACCCCGAACCCUGAUGCUCCUCCAGAAGCAGCUGAUAACAACACUACAGAUUCCGGCACCGGGUCCAAGUUUAAUUUUGGAAUGCCUAAUUCUGCCAUAGGAGGUUUCACAUUUGGAACCCCAGCUGCCACAGUUCCUGCAGCAACAGGAGGGUCUGGGUUCAGUUUCGGACCACCGACUUCCGGGUUCUCAUUUGGCAACACAGCUGCAGCCGUCCCAGCUCCAGCAGCAGCUGCUUCUGCCUUUUCCUUUGGUACUCCAGCACCAGUAGCCACUCCAGAGGUUCCUAGCUCUGGGUUUUCAUUUGGGACUGCUGCCCCAGCAUCAGCAGCGCCCACAUUCCAAUUUGGCUCAGGUGCAGCGCCUACCCUUCCCCCAGUGGAUAAAACUCCUGCUAAAGAGGAAGAAAAACCAUCUCUAUUUGCUGGGUUCUCAUUUGGCACCGUUCCAAAAGCAGACUCUCCCGCUUUAGAAGCAGUACAAACAGUCGGAGCAUCAAGUGCAGUGGUAGAAAUAACAGUCGACUACCCAGAGUUUGUAGCAGAACCUUCUGAAGCAAUCUUGGAAAAGAUCACCAAACCAGAGAGCGUCGCAGAAGCAGUCGGCUGCUCUGACCCCGGCAACGUAGCGUCCUUCGUCGGGAAACUCUCCCAGGUGAUGAGCAACAAAACCACCAACACAUCCCACCAGAUCGUAGAUAGUUUGCUCUCGUCCUGCUUUGCUCAAAACAGUCCCAGUAUGUUGACCAACGAGCUUCUCGUCACCAUGGGUCUCAUCAAAAGCGAAAAGAAGAACUUUAAACCGGAGUCUGACGUAGAGAACAUGUUGAGAUUGAUGGCACAUGCUGUCGGGCAGGAGUACUUCCCUCCGUCCAGUGCUAAAAUUAUAUCUGCUUUUGUUAAGAAGGACAAGGAAGUGUUAACUAAUAAAAUCAGUGACUGCGCCGAUUUGUUCAAAUCUUUCCAAAUUUGAGACGAUACGAGUGAUAAAAUGUUAUUAAAGAUUGAUUAAUUCCGAUGGUACAUAAUAUAUAUUUCGAUGAUUGCAGGUUCAUUAAUCGACGAGGUAGAUUUUGUGAAUUUGAAUUAAUUAUUCAUUAUUUUAAGUAACUAGUAAAUACAAUUUUAAAAUUUGUUGUUUAACUUUAUUGGACAGGAAAGGGCGUAUUUAUUUUUCUAUAGUUUUGGGAAUACUGCCGCUUUUCGGCUGAUAUAGCUCGUUUUAUUUGCUCAUGCUACUUAAGUAGAAAUUUUCCAGAAUUAUGAGACCCGGGAGGAAUUUAAUUUAAAAGUUGAAAUUAUCAUGACUCUAAUAAAGUUAAAAGUAAGACGACGUUCUCAUUCACUAUGACAAAAUAAUGAUAUUUUUAAUUACAUUUCUAUCUUAUUAAAAUUUCGUAUUUUAUUU